AUGGCCAACCCUCCGCCCAUUGUCCUCGAUGGCGGCACCGGCUUUCUCAAGGUCGGCUACGCCGCGCAAAACUUCCCCGAGUUCCAGUACCCGUCCAUCGUCGGCCGGCCGAUCCUGCGUACGGAGGAGAAGGGCGACAACGACAUGGUGAUCAAGGACAUCAUGUGCGGCGACGAGGCGGCGGCGGCCCGCACGAUGCUGCAGAUCAGCUACCCGAUGGAGAACGGCAUCGUCAAGAAGUGGGACGACAUGCAGCACCUUUGGGACUACACCUUUUUCGAGAAGAUGAAGGUCGACCCGCGCGGCCGCAAGAUCCUGCUCACCGAGCCGCCGAUGAACCCGCUCAAGAACCGGGAGCAGAUGUGCGAGGUCAUGUUUGACAGGUACGGGUUCGGCGGCGUCUACGUGGCCAUCCAGGCCGUGCUCGCGCUGUAUGCGCAGGGUCUCUCUAGCGGUGUUGUUGUUGACUCCGGAGACGGUGUCACCCACAUCGUCCCCGUGUACGAGAGCGUCGUCCUUAACCACCUCACCCGCCGACUGGACGUGGCGGGCCGCGACGUGACGCGCAACCUGAUCGCCCUGCUGCUGCGCAGGGGCUACGCGCUCAACCGAACUGCCGACUUUGAGACGGUGCGGCAGAUCAAAGAGAAGCUCUGCUACGUGUCGUACGACCUGGAGCUGGACAAGCGGCUGAGCGAGGACACGACGGUACUGGUGGAGAGCUACACGCUGCCGGACGGGCGGGUGAUCCGGGUGGGCAGCGAGCGGUUCGAGGCGCCCGAGUGCCUGUUCCAGCCGCACCUGGUGGACUGCGAGCAGCCGGGCAUCGCCGAGUUCCUCUUCAACACGAUCCAGGCGGCCGACGUGGACGUGCGGGCGUCGCUGUUCAAGGCGAUCGUGCUGUCGGGCGGCAGCAGCAUGUACCCGGGCCUGCCGUCGCGGCUGGAGAAGGAGCUCAAGCAGCUGUGGCUGACGCGGGUGCUGGGCGGCAACCCGGAGCGGCUGAGCAAGUUUAAGGUCAGGAUAGAGGACCCGCCGCGCCGGCGGCACAUGGUGUUCCUUGGUGGCGCGGUGCUGGCCAACAUCAUGGCGGACAAGGACAGCAUGUGGAUCAGCAAGGAGGAAUGGGAGGAGCAGGGCCCGCGGGUGCUGGAGAAGCUGGGUCCUCGAUAG